AUGGCUCCUCGCAAAGGAAACCCCAAUGCCACUGCUGGACAGGAAGCUCAAGCCAUCAAGAUUCUGCGGGAUCUGCACGAAAAGAAAGAAAUUGAAGGACAGACUUCAGGUAAACAGACAGUCUACCACGCACUGCAAGAUCCUUCGUAUACAGCCGCCCCCCAAGCAGCAGCCGCGCUAAGCCGAGAUAUUGCAAACCAUCAAAACCAACUCGAAGUAUUCAAAACCAAUGAGAAGAAGGCCCGAGCCGCUCUGACAGCCUUAAGGGCCAAACCCCGGGUGUCUGAUCUUCGCCAGGAUAUUGCCCGUCUGGAAAGCGAACAAGAAGCGAUCCAGGCCCGCUUGGCAAGCCGCCACGAGGAUGAUACGGUUUCAAUCUCGCCGGCUGAAAGAGCAAAGCUUGAGACCGAGUGGAAACAAUGGCAGCGGCAGGUCCGCAUUCGCCGUCGGAUCUGUCGCGAGCUGUGGGGACGAUGCUCUGAGGUUCUUCCAAAGAACGUGACUGCCCCGGAGCUGUGGGUGUCUUCUCGUCCUCCUUCAUCUCGUCAACAAAUUCAAGCAGAGAUGAGAGGUCGUGCGCCUCUCCCAGUCUCGUCUGGGGCGGCGCCUCAGAACGGUCAUACCCGCAGUCACUCGGGACUCGACGUUGCCCGCAGUCCUCCGAACCAGAGCAACAAGAACACCAAACAUGUUCCAUGCAAAUUCUUCCGCCAGGGUGCUUGUCAGGCAGGCCCCGCUUGUCCAUUCUUACACUCCACUGAUGCAGGAAUUGACUACGCUCCAUGCAAAUACUUUACAAAGGGAAACUGCAAGUUCGGCGCCAAAUGCGCACUGGCGCAUAUCCUCCCCGAUGGACGACGAGUCAACCGACCGACUGGAAACAUGGGUGGCCACCUCAAUUUGGGUGGUCGAGUGAAUCCACAAGCAUAUGUUAACCAGGACUCAGCUCUCACCAACUCUGUUCUCUCGCAGCAGCGCAUGAACGGUCACGAGCAGCCUCGAUAUGCCCCGCAGCUCCCCCCGCAGGAAGAGUACGCAUCCCUGCAACAGCCCCCCUAUGAUGCGAUUCCGACGAUCGACACGGGCCUUGCCUCCGAUGCGGGAUCUAAGUAUGGGUCCCCAGCCGAAGAUGUUCGUUUCCCGAUGUCGCCCAACAACAACCACCUUACCGCUCUCGAUGCGGGGCUCCCGGCUUCAUUCGACAGCCAGGGUAUCUCGCAUGCUGCUCGUUACGGUCCGGUGGCUGCUUCGAUGCCAUCGCAAUUUGGAUUGGAAUCGCCUCCGGCCCAGAGACCAGCGCAGAACAAUGCUUUCCGCAACUUGCACGACAUUUACGGCUCUAGCUUCCAAAGAAAGCCUUCUUCGAACAUUGGAUCGUCGCCUCCAGCCACAGAGGACACCAUUGGCCCCCGGUUCAUGCACUCUGCCCGUUCUGUCAAACCGCGCAUACUUUCUGCUAGUGUGCCCCGACCCACCGCCCUUGAGGACUGGGAUGAGAAUUUCCCGAUGGAGGAGGACUAUUUGCCGGUCAACUUGCACGACGAUGUUCUCACCCCGCAGGAGAAGCUGCGUCGACUCUCACGGACUGACAACGAUCUGAGCUCUAGUCACCGUGACAUCAGCGGCUUUGGUAUGACUAGCACUAGCUUUUCCAAGACCGGCUCUCCUUUGGCAUCGAGUCCGUCUCGUUUUGGGGCCCUGUUUGCCAAGCAGCGCCAGCGCAAAGAAGAGGAGUCUCAUGGCUCUUCUUCUUUCCACAUUGGAUCUCCUCUGCGUGAAUCGUCAUUGAACCCAAUUGGCAGUCCUAGCCUUGGUCCUAUUGGCAGUAGCCGUGCUUCCCAUGAUGGCUCGCCGUUUGUUUCAAGCCCUGGACGCCAAUCCUCGAUGUCGAUGAUCUCCGAGCAGCUUGGAGGCAUGUCCCUCCACCCUCCUACUCGCCACACUGCAGUUCCUCCUGCUCGCAUUGACCGGACUAUCUCCUCUCCAGUCACCAACAGCAAGAUCGAAGAGGAAGAGCAAAGUGAUUUGGUCUUCUCCAUGGAAGAAGAAGAGGGUAACAAGCGGAGCGGCGCCCCGUAA